UGUAAGGCGUUCACCUUCUUCGACAUUAAGAAGAAUCAUACAAUCGAGAAGAACGUCCACCCUCCCUGCGGCCCGCACCGAGCAGCCGGCCUGCCUGCGUCCGCGCCCGCCAGCGCCACCCAGCGCCACCGCCAGCGUGAUCUGCGACUUCACGUUGCAAAUAAAUAUUGGUUAAUAACUGAAUAUCCU